GGCAAAGAUUUGGAAAAGGUCCGCUGAACUGUUCACCUUGAGAGAACUGGAAGUGUUGUGCAUGAGCCCCGAUCGCCAGUCAUCGUUAAACUAUAAGCUUUGCAAUGUGCCACCGGAAAUAGAAUUCCCGGCCCCAAUACUUCAGUUAGAAAAUCUGAAAUUCUUGGACAUGUGUAGCAAUCAGCUACGGAUUCUUCCUCCUGCAAUCGGCAGUCUCAAAAACCUCGAAACGUUGCUGCUGUUCGACAAUCAGUUGACGGAAUUACCCGAAGAGUUUGGUGAAUUAACCAGAUUGCGUUGUCUGUGGCUAGGAGAUAAUUUUCUUCAAAGCCUACCAAAAUCCAUAACAAAGUUGGAACAUUUGAUGUGGACACCGUUGUUGUGUCCAACAGCAACAGUGGAUGGAAAUCCGUUGGUUAAUCCACCUGCAAA